AUGGCCGAUCGUGUUGGAAAUGCGGCAAACACAAGUGCGGCAGUCGACACAUUAAUUCCAGGAUUGCUGUGCCAUGCAGCGGCACAAAUUCAAAUCCUGAAGGAUAAUCUUAUUCAUCUCGACGAGAGGACAAAUGAGGAAGUGAAUAGGACGUACAAACAAUUAAACAUGGACCGCAUCCAAUUGAAAAAUAAACUACUUUUUGAAAAAGUUGCUGAUUGUGUCAAGCAUCACAAAGCCAUCAGAGAUUUCGUCGAUCAAAUCGAGGAUUCGUACAACUUGGUACUGUUUAGUCAACUCUUCGGAAGCAGCUUGGUAAUUUGUAUUUGUCUGUGGAGGCUGGUGAUUGUCGAACCUCUCUCGAUAACAUUUUUUCAAAUGUUUGUUUUUAUGCUCACAAUGAACCUCGAGAUAUUCUUGUUUUGUUAUUAUGGAUCGGUGCUUUAUGAAGAGAGUGUAACAAUAAAUGAGGCCAUUUAUAUGGGGAAUUGGUAUGAGUGCGACAUUAAGUCGAAAAAAGCGUUGCUGAUUUUAAUGGAAGGUGCAAAACGACCGAUGCAAAUAACAGCAGGCAAAAUACUUUACGUUUCAUUGGAAUUAUUCAUGGGGAUAUUGAAGAAGUCGUAUUCUAUAUUCGCUGUGCUGAAAAAUUUCACCUAAAUUGAGAAAAUUAAACUGGGAACGUAUCAUUUUCA